CCGCCGGAAUAUUUAGUUCACUUUCGUUUCACUACUUGACUGAGAAACAAGCUCCAGAGCACAACCUAAUUCAGAAAUGGCAGAGAAUUCGGACGCGGAAGCAGAGUCAACUGGAAACGACGAGGUCUUGACGACAGGGGAUCCCGAGCAGCCAAGUGGAUCGGAGGAGGGUUCGCAGUCCGCAGAUUCCGAGGAAGAAUUCCAGCGCCUCGAGGAGCAUGUAAAGGCCAUGGAAAGACGGAUUGCGCAGGACAGGGAAAAGAGAAGGAUUUUAUUCAUUCGCUUCAUGAAUUUAUUCCUCGAUUUACUAGAAGCACGGGUAUAUUCGCAGAACAUAUAGUAUUUGCGAUUUCUGUUAACCUAUUCCCAAAAUACCAAUGUACUAUCAAAUGGUCUAAGUGUUGACGCAUAAAUAUAUCAUAAGCAUCCCUGAA